AUGGGCUCCAUCAACGAUUCUUCUUCCCCAAACUUCCACCCCCUCCAUCCCACUUUCGGCGCCGAAUGCUCAGGCGUCGACUUCUCCAAGCCCGUGUCCCCGUCAACCAUUGACGCCAUCAAAUCCGGCAUGGCCAAAUACGGCUUCCUCGUCUUCCGGGGCACGCAACUCGACGACGCCGGCCACGUCGCCUUCGCCUCCCAAUUGGGCGACCUGGACGACUCGACGACCUGGAUCAAACCAGGCCAGAAAUACCGCCUAGACCCAUACACCCAGCUCACGGACGUCGGCAACAUCGAAGCCGACGGCAACGUCGUCCCCACGAGCAGUCUCCGCCACCAAAUGGGUCUCGGCAACGGCCUAUUCCACGUCGACUGCUCCUACAACCCCCGGCGCGCCGGGUUCUCCCUCCUUCGCGCGCACCAACUCCCACCAAAGGGCACAGGCGGGGGCACCGCGUUCGCAGACACCCGCACAGCCUACGCGGAGCUCGAUGACUCCACGAAGGCCCAGAUAAACGACUACGUGCUGUGCCAUUCGCUAUGGCACAGUCGAAAACUAGGAGCGCCGGACUGUGACUUUCUAAAGGAGAUGAAGACUGAGGAGCUUGGGAUGGCGAAACAUAAGCUAGUGCAGGAGCAUGAGCCGAGCGGACGCACGAAUCUGUAUAUUGCGUGGCAUGCGUAUAAUAUUGAUGGAUGGAGCAGGGAGGACAGUGAGCCGGUGAUUGAGCGUUUGUUGGAACAUGCGGGGAAGGACAAGUAUACGUUUCAGGUUGAUUGGGAGAAUAAUGGGGAUUUGGUCAUUUGGGACAACACAUGCGUUAUGCACAGAGCCUGUGGUGGUUCCUUUGCAGGGAAGUACGUCCGCGACAUGAGACGCGCGACGGUGCAUGAUUCCUCGUCCACGGCGUGGGGAUUGAAUGAGAAGACAGGCUCUCGGGCUGGCAUGUUCGGUACUGGAAUGCCGAAGCCAACAGAGGGAUAA